CUGUGCUUGUUUCGGUCUGGCGGUAACUCUAGGUGGUUGCCUAAAGAGAGAGCUGAGGGAGGAAGUACUGGGCAGCAAUGACCCAGCAAGGGGCUGCUUUACAGACGUACAACAACGAGCUUGUGAAGUGCAUAGAAGAUCUGUGCAGUAAAAGGGAUGAGCUAAACAGACAGAUUCAACAAGAGGAUGAAGAGAAGAAUAAACUGCAGAAUGAUAUCAGGAUCCUGACAGAGAAGCUCUGCAGGGUAAAUGAGAACCUGGCAAGGAAGAUGGCAUCCCGAGACGAGUUUGACAAAACAAUAGCAGAAACGGAAGCGGCUUACAUGAAGAUCUUGGAGAGCUCCCAGACUCUACUGAAUGUUCUUAAAAAAGAAACCGGAAACCUGGGCAAAAGCACAGACUUUAGAGGAACCUUUCCUAACCCCCAACACUGAGCAAACCACAAUUCUACAUACUAAAAGCCUACUUGUUUUGUACAGAAAAGGGGGCAGGUUAUGCUAUAUUCAUUUUAAUUUUUUACUACAUAAUGUCUAAUAGAAGUGCAAUAUAAUAAAAUGUUAUUUCUAAAAUGA